AUGUGUUCUCCAGCCCCUGAUGUUCCCAGCAUUGAGCAGGCCUACUCCAAAGACAGCAUGAGCAUCACUGUGGAGUUCACAGCGGUUUCCGGGGCAACUAGCUAUAUCCUGAGGGCAGAGACAGAGAGCGGUGAUUUCUUCUCUGAGACCCCGGUCGCCAGCUCUCCAGGCACCGUGACGCAGCUCAAGGCCUACACAGAAUACAGCCUGAGUGUCAUGUCCGUCAACAUUGGGGGAAGGAGCCAGCCCUCGUACCCGGUCAAUGCCCGGACAGUGGUAAUGGCUCCCGAGUUGAACACCACCUCACCUUCUAACAGCACCAUCGUUGUGACCUGGCCCCCGGUGGAUCACGCAGUCCUAUACACACUUACUAUCAUCCAAGUGGGCUCCAACACCCGCCAAAAGAUUAACACCACUGGAACCAGCUGGACCUUUGAUGGCCUUGAACCAGGGACUGAAUACUCUAUCAAGGGCACAGCCUGGGACUCUGAGGGUCGAGCUGGAGAUGACCACACGGUCUACCAGAUCACACGUCCUCCUAGUCCAGAUGUGACCAGCGUCCACAUGGAUCAGGGUCGGACUCUCGGGAUCGUUGUGUAUUGGAUGGGGGUCCAGGGAGCUAAUAACUAUAUGGCCUUUACCACUAGUGGUCAAAACUGUACAGCAUCAGAAACUUUUUGUUAUAUCAUACCUGCAGACUGUGGCCAGAACGAGUCUGUCACUGUCAUAGCCUAUAAUGAAGCCGGUCCCAGCAGCCCUUCAGAUUCAGAAAACUACAUUACAUAUCCAUGUCCCCCAGAGAACAUCACAGUGGAGGAGCCUACAGCAAGCAACUGCUCAGUGGUAUGGGAUGACGUACCACUGGUAGACUACUACGUGGCUUUCAUUAAGAGGGACGAUGGCACAGAGAGUUCCUGUAACACCACUGAAACCUACUGCCCAUUUUUCUGCAUGUGUGGCUUUACCUACCUCACCACCGUCUUCCCGCACAACAAGGCCGGCACCAGCCCUUCUGCCCAUGUCCGCAACUACACCACCAUCCCUUGUUGCCCAGAUGAUGUUUCCAUAAAACUAGUUUCCACGGAGACCCUGGAGAUCAUGUGGACACCGGUCAAAGGGGCCGAGAUGUACGAGACAACAGCGGCAGAGAGUCUUGAUGUCAUCCACUGUAACGACACAGCACCGGUGUGUGCGCUGUCAGACUUGAUGUGCAACACAGCUUAUUCUGUGACUGUGACACCUUGUAGUGACCUACGAGGAUGCAACCGCACAUGCACGGCACACACACACGAGACAGCUCCAUGUACUCCGGAGAUCCUGAAUAUGACGCAGAGUGAUCAGUCCACAUACAAAGUUGUCUUCACUACGCCCAACACCCCCAACACAAAUUAUACCAUCACUGCCACUGGACGCUAUAACACACACACCUGCCGGUCAAGUCACAACUCCUGUAUGCUCACAGAGCUGCCCUGUGGUUCGACCUAUGAUGUUAUAGCAGUGGCCAGCAAUAUGGUAGCAAGGAGUCUACCUGGAUUCAGUAAACUUUUGGAAACAGGUCCCUGCUGCCCCAAGUCUGUGAAUGUGACCCAGGUCACCCAGGCUAUGAGCAAUGUGACGUGGACACCCGCCAAAGGAGCUCGGUCGUACAUCACCACCCUUAUGUCCUCACGCGGAGAGGCUAAGUGCCACACUCUGGACACUCACUGCCUGAUGGGAUGCAUCACCUGUGGCACCAACUACAGCGUCAACAUGGAGGCCAUCAGCAGCACGGGGCACAUGUCAGAGUGCUCAUAUCAAGGAUUCUCAACCAAGCCCUGUUGUCCAACAAGCCUUAAGCUCUACCGCAGGGCCAACAACACCCUCAGAGUGUACUGGCGCUCUAUGGGCCCUCAGAUCCACAGCCACACAGUGGAUUUGUACGGGACAGCAGCCAACUACACCUGCAUCGCAGCUGCCGGCAGCAGAUACUGUGAUAUCCAUGAGGAAACAUGUGGGGACGUCUACACAGUAGUGGCUGCACCAGUGGGAAACGAUGGCAUCAAAGUCAACUUCUGUCUACCCAGGACGUACUCAGUCCUCUGCCCAGGGAGUAAUGCUGGUAUGGUGAUCUCCCGUGGAAGGCGAAGUGUGAAUUAGCUGCGUAAACGCCCCUCAUCACUACCAACAACCGAACAUGAAAAGAGGACUGCGUUUGUACCAACAGCAACUGUGAAGAUCUAAUAUACCCAGAUGAAAUAUCACUCUUAUUUAGGAAUAUCACUGUUUUAGUGUUACUGCUGUUUGUAAGGAAAAACUGACUGACGGUUUCUGCUGAAUAAACAUGAAAAAAAAAAAAAAUUACAAAAUUAAAACAAGAAAAUAUAUAAAAGAGAGCUUUUAAAUAAAUAACUGUUGGCAUUUAUCCAGUGUAUUUGAAAAAUAUUCGGCAUAUUGCUACUUUUCAUAGUAGGCUGCAUGUUAUUUUGCUUUCUGAUUUGCAAUUCCUCAUGUUUAAUCUAAUCGGUUGCCCUUUCAUAAUGAGAUUUGAUGUAACUUGUGACAUGUAAUUACAUCUAAUAAAAAAUAACAAAGAAGCAGAAAUAGAAACUUUACAGUGAAACUCCCAACUGUAUUAUGGCAUUGGAAGACAAAAAAGUUUUAAAAAAUUGAUCUUAGGACUUCUCCAAGUAGAGGACCUCCAUACGGCAGCCAUGUAACAUGGAUCUGGUUUGUAAAGCUGGUUGGUGACCCAGAUGAGGGUCACAGUUAAAAGUGGGGCAGCAAGUAUCCAUCACAUUAGCCUGGAGUCAUGCAUGGCGAGUCCUAUGGAUGAUACGUCUGAUCAGAUUGCUGGAAAUAGAUUCAAUGUUACAUCUGCUUUCAUUGGAUUAUGUUUUCUCUCAGUUGACAGACGACAACAAUA